ACAAGAACCACCUGGGUAAAUUAGUUAGUUGUGCGUUCGGCCUAAUCGACAACGAACGUGAGGAAGGCUUCAACUGACACGGGAGGCAAUUUCCAACGUCACCACCCCCUCUGCUCAUGAUUUUGCCCAAGCCCGCCCAGAUCAUGUACUGUUUCAUCCCAGCAAAGUCAACAAACCACGUCAUGGCUUUCGUCCCUUUCUCGGUCUCAACUCCAAGGGAAGGGACAACGGGACUUCACUUCACCAAUAAUUCCACCCUCCCAAAACACCCCACCCUAUCCACCCCAGCCAAAUAACCGCCCCAGUCCCUAGAUAUUCCCGUUUGCAGAUGCUUCAUAGCAACGCACGCCAUCACGCGGGCUGGUACGGCGGGAACUCCACCGGUGGCAGCAGCGGCGCAGUGGCAAAGUACGGGCUCCCCGGCAGCGGGCCCCUGCUGCCACUAGCAGCACCCGAGCUGCGCCGGGGACUGCGGAUCGGCGUCCGCGGCGGCGUGCUUGGCGUCUGCUGCUGCUGCUUUACCCAUGGCGAGCGCGGAUCUACUGGGCUGGGAUCCUCGGCCGCUGAUGCGAGGGUGUCGG